AAUAUAAUUUAAACUAAAUUAUGAUAUCACCAUACCCACGCCCCCGCAAUCUCGCCGCAUCAAAAAAGCGCCUCUAUCUUCCAAUCCAAUCCCCACAUUACUCCAGUUGCACCCCAAAAUGAACGGCGCCGUUUCAGCCCUCAAGCCUCGGCACAAAAGGGCCUCAAACGGCAAGCCCCUUAACGUCGUUCCCACAAACCACAGCUCGGAGGUCCUCCAAGUGCAGGACCUGAUCAUGUCGUCUUCUUCUUCUUUUUUCUCCAAGAAGCUCCGUCUCUACGGCGGCAAGGCCUCCUUCAUGACCUGGAGGCUGCAUGAUGUCCUACACGUGGCCAAGCACCAUUGGAUACCCUGCGUCUUCGCAAUGGGCCUCCUCUUCUUCAUGGGCGUCGAGUACACGCUCCGAAUGGUGCCCUCGUCGUCUCCACCCUUCGAUGUCGGCUUCGUCACCACGCGCUCCCUCCACCUCCUCUUGGCCUCCAAGCCCAAGCUUAACACCUUGCUCGCUGGUCUUAACACGGUGUUUGUGGGAAUGCAGACAACGUAUAUAGUAUGGACAUGGCUAGUAGAGGGCCGCCCAAGAGCCACAAUCUCAGCCCUCUUCAUGUUCACAUGCCGGGGCAUUCUCGGCUACUCUACCCAACUUCCAUUGCCUCAGGGAUUUUUGGGGUCCGGCGCAGACUUCCCGGUUGGCAAUGUGUCGUUUUUUCUCUUCUUCUCAGGGCAUGUAGCAGGGUCUGUGAUUGCAUCUUUGGACAUGAGGAGAAUGCAUAGGUGGGAAAUGGCACGGACAUUUGAUGCACUGAAUGUGCUACAAGCACUGAGGUUACUGGGGACAAGGGGCCACUACACAAUAGACUUGGCUGUGGGGGUUGGGGCUGGUUUUCUCUUUGAUUCUCUGGCAGGCAAGUAUGAAGAAAGCAAGAGAUCAAAAGCACCUACAACAACUGGUACCAAAGAGGCUUUCUUUCUGUGAACAGAUGGACUGUUGGCAGGUAGUUUGGAGUAGGAAUAUGGGUAUGUUAUUGGUGCAUAUUUAUUUAUUUAUGAAACGUCGAAAGGUCAAGUCUAAUUAAGAAAAGAAAACAAAGUAGGCGUAUUGGAUUGUAUAGAGACAGAGAGAGCUCAAUGUACUGGGGCCCUUUUGAUGUAUUUUGCUUCUUUUUUUGUUCUUUAAAAUAUCCCAUUCUUCAUUUUUUUUAAA